AUGCACAGCGUCAAUGACGCUGAGCUUCUUGGAGAAAUCGCUGACUUCAUCGCAUUCAUCCAUGCGGCUGCAAGCAGUUCCCUCACGUGGGAGAGCAUUGCAACAUCGAAGUUUCAUGGCGGCAGCCUUCGUGGUCGGGAUCGGGCUCUCCUGAGCCUCGGCCGGCCGACGCGGGAGGAGGAAGCCGUAGGGGCGCUCGCCUUGGCCCGGGGCCUCGGGGGACAUGCGAGUCUCACGUUGAGAAAGUGGGCCCUUGCUGCUGAAAGGGAAGACCUACUGCUGAAAGAUCCCUUGCAUGUGCACAAGAACUGCACAUUGUGUGCAAUACACUUUGAGGAUCGCAUGUUCAUGAACAUCUAUGAGAGGAAGAGGCUGGUCCAUACAGCGGUCCCUACUCUUUUCUUUGGGAAGCGGGAGAUUCCAGGCAACGAAGUGUCCAGUAUGUUCUCUAAGGAGCAGGAGAUUCCAAGAAGUGGAGUCUCCCCUCUGCUCUUGGAGAAGGCAGAGAUUUCAGCCAGUGAAGCUCCUGGAUCCUGUUCAUCAUGGAGAGAUGCGGCUGCAAGCAGUUCCCUCACGUGGGAGAGCAUUGCAACAUCGAAGUUUCAUGGCGGCAGCCUUCGUGGUCGGGAUCGGGCUCUCCUGAGCCUCGGCCGGCCGACGCGGGAGGAGGAAGGCGUAGGGGCGCUCGCCUUGGCCCGGGGCCUCGGGGGACAUGCGAGUCUCACGUGGGUCGCAUUGUGCGUUUCCAAGGUGUCAGAACAACAAGGGGAAGUGCCCGCAACUCUCGUUCUUCAGCUUUCCCAAGGAUCCCGAAAGACUGAAAGUGAUGCUGCAGACUGGGGAUCAUACAUCUUUCUUCUGGAGGAUGACUUCAAGUUCAUCCCCUCGAUUGAAGGAACCGGUCUGAAGCUUGGGAUGACAUCAUCACCUCAUUUGUUGAAUGCAGCCUGCCUGACAGGAGGACAAUGGGCAAUGAAGAAGGCAGCACUUCCCAUUCAUUAUUGAAACAGAACCAUGGUUAGAGAAAUAGCAAUUUCUUGAUUGAUUCUUAUGAACUUAAGAACUGAAGUUGAAUGACAUGGUUCAUCAAGGUUUCAAAACUUCAUGUUAGUUCCAGUUUUUUUAAUUAUGGGGGAAAGACUUUUCUGUGAUUUUUUUCACUAUCCCGGUUCCCAAUUUCUUGAAUUCACACUUGAAGAAUAUUUUUUGUCCAUGUCUUUUCUGACAUUCUAUGGAAAUUCUAUUGAACGUGAUUCAAUAUUUCCUUGAAAUAAAUGUUUCCUUUACUAUACAAGAAA